AUGGCAAAUACUCAAUUCAAAACUAAUUUAUUAGACCAGAUUUCCAAGCUUGUAACUAAAAAUACUAAACUUAAAAAGAAGAAGGCUGAAUUCUUAGUUAAGAAAGCAGAAUUUAUGACUAGAAUAAUGGAAUUAGAACAAAAUGCUAAAAAAGCAAGAUUAAAAGAUAUUAAACUUAAUACCAGAAUCAUAGAACUAGAAUGGUUAACAAAAGAAAAUAAAAGCAAUUUAAAUAAUAUAUCUGACCCUAUUAUAAACUAUUGCAUUGAUACUAACUUCAAACUGUUAAAGAGUAAUAUUCUUGAACAAGUAGAAAAUAUAUCUAAUAUUAUAUCUGAUGAUAUGGAGCAUCGAGCAUCUGGUUCUUCUAAUAUAUGUUAA